AUUCGCUCGGCGAGAAGGUUGCUGAUACCCUGUGUCGUGCCGCUGAGCAAGAGCAAUGGACAUGGAGAAGGUCAAUUCCAUGGACUUCGGAGAAUUUGUGGAGGUGUUUGGGAAUGUCGUCGAGAGGUGUCCUCUGAUUGCCGCUGCUGUUUGGUCGCAGCGCCCGUUCUCAGACUUGGAUGACUUAGAGAAGCACUUCUUUGCCUUUAUCGAUGCCCUUCCACAGGAAGGCCAGGAGGGCGUCCUGCGCUGCCACCCGGACCUGGCGGGCCGCGAGCUGCAGCUGGGCACGCUCACGGCCGAGUCGCGGCGCGAGCAGACGGCCGCGGGGCUGACCAGCCUGGAGGCGGACGAGCGGCGCCGGCUGGCGGAGCUCAACGCGCGGUACCGCGCGCGCUUCGGCUUCCCGUUCGUGCUCGCCGCGCGUCGCAGCGGCCGGGCGGCGGUGCCCGCUGAGCUGGCGCGCCGGCUGCACCGCCCGCGCGCCGAGGAGCUGCGCGCCGCCCUGCGCGAGGUGAGGACCAUCUGCCGCCUGCGGCUCGCCGACCUCCUGGGCGCCGCCGACCCCGCCGCGCCGUAG